AUGAUGAUAAAGAGCGUUCGCCAGCGAUUGCGGCUGAACUCUGUUUGGGUUGUCCGGCUGUUUGUUGCGUUUGCUGCGCUGCUGGCACUGGGCAACCUGUACUAUCUCAAGCGGGCCGAGUACAGUAGACCCGUUAUCCAGGAAGAGACGUACAGGGUGAUCAAUUUGGCUACCGAAAAAGUGCCAAAGGAAAACGCCACGAUCAUGAGUCUUUGUCGUAACGAGGACCUGGGCGGCAUUGUGCGGUCGAUCCAGAACCUGGAGGACCGGUUCAAUCGCAACUUCCAUUAUGACUGGGUGUUUCUCAACAAUGAACCGUUUUCUGACGAGUUUAAAGACAAAGUUUCCAAGAUGGUUUCUGGAGAGGCCAAAUUCGGACUGAUCCCAGCAGAACACUGGUCGUACCCGGACUUCAUCGACCAGGACAAGGCCAGAGAGGAGCGGAACAAGAUGGCCGACAUGGGCAUUAUCUACGCAGACUCUGAGAGUUAUCGCCACAUGUGUCGAUAUAACUCUGGAUUCUUCUACCGACACCCGCUCUUGCAGAAGUACAGGUAUUACUGGCGAGUGGAGCCGGACGUGGAUUUCUACUGCGACGUUGAUUACGACCCAUUUUCUGUGCUCAGGCAGCACAACAAGGUGUACGGGUUCACGAUUUCGAUCUACGAGUUCCACGCCACGAUCCCGACCCUGUGGGACUCUGUCAAAGAAUUCCUGGGCAAGAACCCGGGAGCACAGCACAAAAACUCGCUCGUGGACUUCAUCUCGGACGACCACGGCAACUCGUACAACCUGUGCCAUUUCUGGUCGAAUUUCGAGGUUGCUGACAUGGAUUUUUGGCGGUCUAAGGUGUACGAUGAUUUCUUCAAGCACCUGGACGCCACAGGCGGGUUCUUCUACGAACGCUGGGGAGACGCUCCGGUGCACUCGAUCGCCGCAGCACUGUUCCUGGAUCGCGACCAGAUCCACUUCUUUGACAGAAUCGGAUACAACCACGGGGUGUACUCGAUGUGUCCCGUGGACGACAACGUCUGGGUCAACAGCAAGUGCAGCUGCGACAAGAACUCCGAUUUCACGUUCCGCGGUUAUUCGUGUGGCCAACGCUAUUAUAAAGUUACGAACCGUGAGAAGCCUUCCAACUGGAAACAGUAUGCAGAUCUAUAG